AUGGCCUUAUCAGGAGACACAAGCUGGGAGGAAUGUACUUCUGUGUCUCAGGAUGCUGCUUCCAUUGAAAUUUGGAACAAGACUUUGGAAAAAGUGCCGAGAAGAGCAAAAUUAAAACAAAACCCACCGUCCGUCCAAGAUGAAGUGACUAAAGCCCUUGACCGGGAGAGGGCUGCGUCCAGCGAGCAUUUGGCUAGGGCCGUCCUGCGCGAGAGAACUUCAGCCGAAGAGGAACGCAUGAAGUCCCAGCUACUGGGGACGCCUGUCAAAGUGUCAUCUCGGCCAAAAAGACACCAUUCCCCUUCUGGAACCAUCGAAACUGUCAACCUUGAUGCCAUCCCUUUAGCCAUUUCUUGUCUGGACAACAGUGCGGCAAAGCACAAACUCUCAGUCAGGCCAAAGAAUCAGAGGCUUUCCAAAAAGCACAGAUUGUCAAAGGAGGUACAAAGUUUAAUAGAGGCUGACUUUGGACAAGACUUCCUAGAAUCACAGGGCACUGAAGAUAAAGUGACAAAAGAUGAUAGCUAUUACAAACCAGAGAAGUUAACCCAGCAUGGAGAAGUCCAGGAACUGAAAACUGAAGGAAAGCGAAAACAAGACUACUGGAUAAACCUUGAGGCAGGGAAGAAGGAACAAAUGGCUGAAACAAAAUUCAAAAUCCCUAUGGAACACAAAAGACUUCAAGAAUUUGAGGGAAGCCAUGGAGAACAAGUGGGGAAGAAACUGAAACUUCAGGAAGAACAUCUUUAUCAAAUGGAGGAGAAAAAAGACCAAGAUCAUCAGACAAAAGGGCUACAAGAACAAGAAAAUCAGGGAAGGCAUGGAGAAGGGCCUGAAAAAUUACAGGCACAAAUCCCCCAAAAAUCUCAGGAUCUUGAGGAACAAAAACACAGGGAUCAAGAACAGGCACAACAUGAACUAGAGGCACAAAGACAGCAGGAAGAGUGGAAACCAUGUGAAAUGGUCACGCAAUGGCAGAAGGAGAAAAAGAAGAAGCAACAAGAACCAGAGGCACAAAGGCAGCAGGUAGAAGCAAAAAGACAGGGUGAACUAGAGGUCCAAAGACGACAGCAGGAAGAACAAAAGAGACAAUGUGAAAUGGGACUACAAAGACAGCCGGAAGAAGCAAGGAGACAACGUGAACGCGAAUUACAAAAAAAGCAGGAGGAAGAACAUAAGAGACAAUGCGAACUGCAGUUCCAAAGGCAGCAACAGGAAGAAGCAAAGAGGCAACUCGAGCGGGAGGUCCAAAGACAGCAUGAGGAAGAACAGAAAAGACAAUGCGAAUUGGAGGUCCAAAGGCAACAUCAGGAAGAAGCAAGGAAACAACAUGAACUGGAGAUUCAAAGACAGCGGGAAGCAGAGCAAAAGAGACAACGUGAGCUAGAACUGCAGAGACAGCGGGAGGAAGAACAAAAGAGACANGAUUGUUGGGGGUAUGGGUACCACAUUAGGAAGUCUGGACAAAGAGUGAAAGAGUGGACAUUGCUUGAAGAACAUAGAAUGACAGUCCAAUUCUUAUCAGCUGAACUGCAAUUUCAACAGUUGGCCAAGAAUAUUAAAUUUGGCCAACCCCCACAAAUGACAGUCUCUGUGAAAACACCUGGGGAAGCUAGUGGAAGUUUGGAAGCAGAUGUGUUGCUGAAUAACCCCAUGGAGACGGUGAUGCCACCAGAUGCGGUCCUUCCAGAGAACCACCACAAAAGACAGAGGAAGGAGGAAGCAAAGAAACAAAGUGAACUGGAGAUCCAAAGGCAACAGCAGGAAAAGAAGAGACAAUAUGAACAAGAACAAAAGCAUAAAGAUUGUACGAUACAGAAAGAGCAGAAAGUCAAAGAUCCAAAAGAAGAAAAGAGACAACAAGAAACAGAACUUAAUGACAAUCUGAUCCAGCAGGGAUGGAAGGAUAAAAAGGAAGAACCAGAAAAGCAAAAGGCUCAGGAAGAAAAUAUAAGCCAUCAGUAUUUGGAAAAGCUGAAGGGGAAAGAACUUAAAACAGUUCAAUCUGAAAAGCUCUCUGAACUGAACCAACAAUUACUUCCAGAGCAAAAAAGAGAAAUAAGACAGGGAAAGAAAGAACAAGAAAGCAGUAAAAAUUUACAUGAUAGAAACCAACAGCAAGAGAAGGGAACAGCUGUGAAACUGAAGGGACAAGAAGAGCAACAGCGAAAUCUGAAUGAAAAACAAUGUACAAAUGAAGAAAAGCAGCAAAAAUUGGCAAAAUCGGUUGGAUCAACAGAACCCAGUAAAACAGCACCAGCAGAAAUAGGGCAUUUGCGGGCUGAAAAGGAGGUGCAGCAGGAGGAAUGUAUACAAAGGACAGAGGGCCAACAAUUGGAAAGAGACAAAAUCCUCUCUUUAGAAGAUCAGCUGUCACUGGAAAAGCCAAAAGAAGAGAUGAAAUCCCACCAGUUACACAUGAAGAAGCAUCCAGAAGAUGAACGUUUGGGAACUGUUGAGAAAGAGCUACAACGUAAGGAAGAACCAGGACAGCAACAAAGAGCACAGACAGGCAAAGAACGGAAGGAAGAAGGGAGCCUAAGAGUUUAUCAGGCAAUGAACGUUGACAUUGAGGAGCAGGAAAGAGUUCUGGGCGAAGAAUUACGUUGGCAGGAAGUUGACACCCGGCAAACCAUGUCCAGGGGCUUCACCUUUCAAGUGUCUUCUGGAGAAAAAGAAAUUAUAUUUCCCAAAGUGAAUUUAAGUCCAGUUACACCCGUGAAAGAGGCGCCACUUUCUUCUGCCACAAAAGAAGUUAAGGACCCUAAGUCUAGUAGAGGUUCCACUACUCUUCCAACUUCUUCAUGUGUUCCCCACACAGCAAUCUUGGUCACUGGAGCACAACUCUGUGGCACUGCAGUAAACCUCAACCAGAUCAAAGAUACAGCCUGCAAAUCUUUACUUGGUUUAACAGAAGACAAGAAAGCGGCGGAGGCGCCUGAGGCUGAAAGCAUCCAGAAACCUGUUGACGGCAGGCCGAACAGCGCUAAGGCGAAGCAUGUCCAAGAUUCAGUGGACAACCAAGCCAUCCUGGAUGAAUGGGCUUCAAUUCGUUCCAAAAUCUUAAAAGGUGCGGAAAACGAGAAAUUCAGUGAGAAAGACAGUGGAAGUCUUAAUAGGCACAGUGAUGAUUGGACAGCUAAAGGGCGAAGUCCUUCCCAUGGUAACUUACGAAAGACUUUGUCUGCAAAUGCGAAGUUUUCUAUAACUCCCGCAUGGCAGAAAUUUUCAGAAAUGUCCAAAACUGCUGCAGAGAAUAAAACUCUUCCUGAAGCAGAAAAUGCAGCGAUGCAACCGACUCCGUCCAUUCUGCAUUCAGACAACGAGGCCCUCCAAGCAGAGUCCCCGGCCGGUACAAAGAACGUAGGAACUUCCCCUGGGAAAAUCAGAGGGCGUCAGGAAGUAGCGGGUAAUACGGAGGGAUGUAAGUUUGCCAAAGAUCUCCCAUCUUUCCUUGUCCCAAGUCUCCCGUAUUCUCCAAAUAAAGAACUCUCCCCCGCCACUGAAACUUCGCCAGCAACGGAAACCCAACACAACCUUGGCUCCAAAAAACCGGACCGGGCUUCACCGGGCGGAGAAGAAAACGUCUCCCCAUUUGGAGUGAAAUUAAGGAGGACCAACUACUCCUUGCGUUUUCACUAUGACCAGCAAGCAGAGCAAAAGAAGAAGAAAAGAUACAGUGCAGGAGAUAGCUUUGACGGGUUGCCAACUCCGCUCACCCCAGACAGAGAACAAGAUGCGAAACCUUUAUUUUUAAAAGAUAGCAAAUCUCCGAGCCAAGACAGAAAAGACGCCAGGCUUAAUUCUGACAAUACCACGUUAACGAUUAUUAGUCGCAGUUACACCAUAGUUGCGCCUGUAUCUUCUCCGACUGGUCCUCUGCCUGUGUCUAGUCAAGAAAAAUCUGCUUCUAAAUCACCCCUACCACCAAAACCCGCACUGGCUCCAAAGCCCAUCAGCCAAACACCGCCUACAUCUCCUCUCACAAAACCCCGUCGGUCUCACGUCACUGAACCCAUCGGGAAAAGGGUCUCCAAAGUGGAACCUGAUACCAGCUGGAGAAAAAGCGAAGGGAAAGGGAGUCCUCACCACUCCCAAGCACCAGGCGAAAGCAAGAGCGAGGAGGAAGAAUCUAGAGAGAAGAAAUCGUUUUUUCCAUCCAUCACCAUGCCCUGGAGAGAGAAAGUGGAGAAAAAGCCAGAAGCAUUGAAAAGGGAACGGCCAGUUCUUCAGAGCAGACAUUCCAUCGAUGGUUCGAAAGUGAUGGAGAAAGGGGAAACCGCACAGCCUCUCUGGAUCACUUUGGCGUUGCAAAAACAGAAGGGCUUUCGGGAGCAGCAAGCAACCCGCGAGGAAAGGAGGCAAGCCAGAGAAGCCAAGCAGGCCGAGAAAUUGGCUAAAGAAAAUGCCAGCAUGAACAACCAGGCAGAUAAUAAAAGCAAUAAUGUGAGCAGGUCAAACAUACAGCAAAAGUCCACCGGCCCAGAAGAGGAGAAAAAAAUGGAGACGGCUACAUCAAGAUUUGAACGUAGAGAACAGCUCAAAAAAUCGAAUACCCUCCCUUCGUCCGUCACAGUGGAGAUCACCGAUUCCCUUUCGUCGUCGCCUUUGGCUAAAGAAGUCACCAAGAGAUUCUCUACACCGGAUGCUAACCCCGUCUCCACCGAACCUGCUUGGCUGGCCUUGGCCAAGAGAAAAGCGAAAGCGUGGAGCGACUGUCCUCAGAUCAUCAAAUCUGGUUCAAGAUGAUGGAAUUGGUUUAACGAGGGGAACUGAAUUGGGACUGCCAAAUUCCAGCCAGCUGGACAGCAAGAAAGAUAAAGACGCUUCCUAAAUCUUUGCUGUUUUAUAGACUUGCAGCUGAGCUACGAAAGUCUUUGAUUUGAAAAGCUAAUCGUAAGGAAAAUGUGACCUCUUUACCCCCUGAGUAUUGCUGCCCUUUAAAACUGGUAUUCUUAAAUUAUCAAUCAGUUAUAUUUUCUAGUUAGACAUGUAAAUAUGCAAAAAAAAAUAGCGUUGUAUUGUACUAAACAUCGGGUAAAAAAUGUUUGGAACAAAAUUUGAAUUCAGUAUUUCUAUUUCUCUUCAUUGCAACAUCAGUUUGGAAUGAAAACACUUUGAAGACAGAGAAGUGCAGCCUACCAAAUUACAUUCUCAUUCGAAAAUCCCACCUCAAAACAACAAGAAAUACCAACCCACACACUAUGCCUCUGGAAUCAGGGAAAACAUUAAUUCAAGGAUCAGUGUAAAAAUUGCAAUUUUGGUCCAAGACAACCAAAACAAAAACAGUUACUGAACAGACAUAAAAGCGCAGGAGAAAAUGUUUAUUGUGUUUAUGGAGAAGCAUAAAGAUGCUGAGUUUGACAGCUGAGUAUAACUGUCCUAAAGAAAGUUAUUCUUGUAGCCAUUGUCACUUGGAUCUUUUAAGUGAAUUCAGGACUUCUUCAAGACUCAUCUUAAAUGAGAUCAGGAAAGCCUGUUAGUUAUACAACUUAACGGAUGAAGUUAGGACCUCCUAGUAACUCAGUGUAUAGAGCCAAGGUGGGAGUUUGAAGAAUGAAAAAAUAAUGACCUUUUUUGCCAUUCACAAAAAAUGUGAAGAUUUCAUCCAGUGUGAGUUAAUUCUUAUUAACUCUUACAGCAGUUAA